AUGUUCACCACCGCGCUCUUCUCCGCCCUCAUGGCUGGCCUCACAGUUGCCUCGCCCCUCUCACUCACACAACGCCAGUUUCAAGGAAACUAUCCCCCUCGCACGACCGCCAAUGGCUUCAAGCUCGUGGCCAAUAUAUCCAUACCCUCCAACAUCUUCGACCCACCCGUCCAUAACUGGUUCCUCUCCGGCGUCCACGUCGGCGCCGGUCUCAACGCAGCCAUCCUGGUGCCCAACGUCGACGCAGCAGCCACCCUCUUCGUCAACGGCACCGGCCGUGAUGUCUCAGCCCAAGCUACCUCGAUUGGUCUUCCUCCCAUCAAAUACCAAGGCGGUGCCACCCCCAUGGGUCUGCGAUUCCCCAUGGGCCCCAUCGAGCACGCUACCAACCUCGGUCUCAACUUUGGCCCUGGCAACAUCGGCGCAGGAGUGGUGGGGGGUUUGAGAAGUCCUUGGGCACAGGCUUUCACUCCCUACCCUUACUUUAUCGUCUGCAACGAGACAGAGCCCGCCUAUGGUCGUCCCCAGCACGCGGUCAAGGUUGCCCCGAAUGUGGAGUCUAUUCCCAAGAACUGCGUUGCUGUUACAUUCUUGGCGCAGUGUGCUACGCUACCCGAGGAUGUGUUUGAGGGGGUUGACGAGUUGAAUAUCCACCAGCUUGACGCUCCCUGCUAUGAGGAUGUUGGCGCGAUUGACUGGAGCCAGUAUGACUAG